AUGUCUUCCACUGCCCAUUUUCCUAACCCUAAUGACUUCCAGAAUCAGACUGACCAGUUUCUGAACUGGCUCUCGGGAAGCUCAGGUGUCAAGGUUAACCCAAAGAUCCAUAUAGCGGAUUUGAGAUCCCAGGCUGCCGGCAGAGGCGUUGUCGCUCAGGCCGACAUACUCGAAGGUGAAGAGCUUUUUACAAUUCCCCGCGAACUCGUUCUAUCGACCCAGAAUUCCAAGUUGAAGGAUCUGCUUUCUCACGAUCUGGAAGAACUGGGUCCAUGGAUGUCUCUUAUGCUAGUGAUGGUCUACGAGUAUCUUCUCGGAGACCAAUCGACGUGGGCUGAGUACUUCAAGGUGCUUCCUCGAAAGUUUGACACCCUGAUGUUCUGGACUGCAUCCGAGCUUCAGGAGCUUCAGGGCAGCGCUAUUGUUGACAAGAUCGGAAAGCAGAGUGCCGACGAAUCGAUCUUAGAAAUGAUUGCCCCUAUUGUGCGAAAUAAUCCAACCCUUUUCCCCCCAACUAAUGGGCUUUCCUCAUACGAUGGUGACGUCGGUACUCAAUCACUUCUUAGCCUCGCCCAUAUGAUGGGUUCCCUGAUUAUGGCUUACGCCUUCGACAUUGAAAAAUCAGAACAUGAAGGAGAAGACGAGGGAGAGAGCGGCUAUAUGACUGACGAGGACGAAGAACAAUUGCCCAAGGGUAUGGUUCCUUUGGCGGAUCUCCUCAACGCUGAUGCGGAUCGAAACAAUGCCCGUCUUUUCCAGGAGGAAGACUCCCUAGUAAUGAAAGCCAUUAAACCCAUCAGCCACGGCAACGAAAUUUUCAAUGACUAUGGGGAAAUCCCACGUGCAGAUCUCUUGAGACGAUACGGCUAUGUAACAGAGAAUUACGCGGUUUACGACGUUAUUGAGAUGCCGCUGGAGCUGAUUUGCAAAGCUGCAGGCCUUGAAAAUGCAGAUGUCGAAAAUCAAACCUCGCUUCAAUUUAUUGAGGACUUGGAACUACUUGACGAUGGCUAUGUUAUCCCUAGACCGUCAGAAGGGAAUUCAGUGGCAAACAUCCUUCCAGAUGAACUUGUCCUGUUGCUCAAGGCUCUGACCUUCUCACCCACACAACUUAAACAACAAAUAUCCAAGAACAAACCUCCAAAGGCAUCCUUUGGCCAUGCAGAAGCUGUCAUACUUUCAAAGGCAAUUCAACUUCUACAGGCACAGUACGCAACGACCGUCGCGCAAGAUAAAGAGCUUUUGGCACAAUUGGGCCAAUCGGAAACUUCUAGUCUCCUAGAGGAAUCCACUCGUCGACGGAAAAUGGCGAUUCAGGUCCGCUUGGGAGAGAAGGAGAUUUUGCACAUUCUAUCCACUUUGCUCAACGAUUAUGCCACAGAUUCAACUCAAAAUGGCGAAGGCUCGACGUCGAAGAGAACUGCGAAUGGCGAGAACGAUGCGUUAAGGAGGAGUAAGGUUCCGAAACCCUGA